UAUUCACCUCUUAAAUUAACCCACGUGUGUAAGCCAUUUCCUGUAUAAACAACUCGUGCUGCCAAACGAUUUGUAUUGGCACGCACUUGCAAACAAUUCAAUCUUAUUUAUGUGCUGAUGAUAUUAAUCUACAGCCAUCAUGUCGCAUUACAAUUUCAAAAAGAUAACAGUUGUUCCAACUGCAAAGGAGUUUGUGGACAUAGUGCUGUCAAAAACACAGAGGAAGACGCCAACUGUCAUUCACAAGCAGUACAAAAUCGGGAGAAUUAGAGAGUUCUACACACGCAAAAUUAAAUUUUCUCAACAAACCUUUCAUGACAAACUGUCACAGAUUAUUACAGACUUUCCCAAACUUGAGGACGUCCACCCAUUCUAUGCAGACCUUAUGAAUGUGCUGUAUGAUAAGGACCAUUUCAAACUUGCUCUUGGACAGAUUAAUACAGCCAGACAUCUUAUUGACAAUGUAUCCAAGGAUUACGUGCGUUUGAUGAAGUAUGCAGACAGUUUGUAUAGAUGCAAACAAUUGAAAAAGGCAGCACUUGGCAGAAUGUGCACCAUAAUGAAGAGACAGAAGCAGAGCCUGGAGUACCUGGAGCAGGUACGUCAGCACUUGUCACGCCUCCCGUCCAUAGACCCCAACACUCGCACACUGCUCAUCUGUGGCUUCCCAAACGUGGGCAAGUCCAGCUUCAUUAACAAGAUUACCAGGGCAGAUGUGGAGGUUCAGCCAUAUGCAUUCACAACUAAGUCACUGUUUGUUGGUCACACAGACUACAAGUACCUGAGAUGGCAGGUGGUCGAUACUCCUGGUAUCCUGGACCACUCUCUGGAGGAUCGUAAUACCAUUGAGAUGCAGGCCAUUACAGCGCUGGCCCAUCUGAGGGCUGCUGUCCUCUACAUGAUGGAUCUGUCAGAGCAGUGUGGUCACACCAUUGAACAACAGGUGUCACUCUUCAAUAAUAUCAAGCCUUUGUUUUCCAACAAGCCCCUCUUAGUGUGCGUCAAUAAGACAGACGUCGUAAAACUAGACGACUUGUCAGAUGACAAAAAGGCAUUGCUGGCAGAGUUUGGAACUGAGGAGAUACCACUUAUGCAGAUGAGCACAUUGACAGAGGAGGGAGUGAUAGAAGUCCGAAAUGAGGCCUGUGAUAGAUUACUUGCCCACAGAGUGGAGACAAAGAUUAAAACUCGUAAAGUGAAUGACAUCAGUAACCGCCUGCAUGUUGCAGUCCCACAGAAGAGAGACCAGAAGGAGCGGCCCCCAUGCAUCCCAGAGUCAGUGAGGAGGAAGCGUGAAGCCAUGGAGACCGGCAAGGAGAAACGGAAGUUGGAGAGGGACAUAGAGCUGGAGGAGGGAGAUGACUAUAUACUGGAUCUGAGGAAGACUUGGGACCUGCCAAAACCAGAAGAGAAAUACGAUAUUUUACCUGAGAUUUGGGAGGGACAUAAUGUGGCUGACUUCAUUGACCCAGAUAUAAUGGAGAAACUGGAUGCACUGGAGCGUGAAGAGGAGCUGCGUGAGAAGGCUGGUUACUAUGACAACGAGGACAGUGAGGAGGAUGAGAACAUGCUGGAGCUAAGGAAGACAGCUGCCAAAAUCCGACAAAAGAGGAAACUGAUUACGAUGGAAAGUGGAGAAAAGCGCAGUAGACAGGGACCAAGAGUGCCUAGAACUGCAAAGAAGAUCAGUGCCAAGGACAUUGAAGAGACUAUGGAGUCCAUGGGAGUGGAGUUUGAAAACAAAUCUGAGACUCACUACAGCAAGCUGCGAGAGCGCAGUGCCAGUCGCACAGCCCUGAAGAGGAAGCGUGAGCCUUCCGAGAGCCAGACCCGCACCAGGAGCUCCUCUCGCACACCCAGAGACCAGUCUGGCGUCCGUGAUGAGACGAUGGCAAAUAAGGUAAGGAAGAUCAGCAGAAAGGCCCAAAAGUCGUUCAACAUGGAGGCGCGCAAGGGAGAGGCAGAUCGACGCAUCCUCGACCUCAAACCCAAGCACCUGUUCGCAGGCAAACGAGGCAUGGGCAAGACGGACAGGAGAUAAGAUGGCAUGCAGAACAUGGGAUGGAAGAGCAAUCGGGCUUGCAUGUUAUGCAUCAUUGUAACCUACAAGCAUGUGGAACAAUGGUUUUAUAAUUUGGCGUGUGUGCACAUCAUAAAAAUUCUGAAUAAGUCAUAUAAAAUUAUGUUAAUUUGUUCUUCAAACAUGUGGCACAAUAUGACGACUUUUUGUUUCCAUAUUAUGAAGUGUUAAUGAGACAUUUGAAUAACUGUUAGUGGUAUUCUAUAAAAGGAGGUAUAGUAAGCAUUUAGGACAUCGUAGUUAUAUGAUAAUAUUUCUAUCGAUUAGGGAAAAAUUUGGACCCUUUUGGCAGGGAGCUGCCCCUUUUGCUAAUAACCCCCUCACCUAAAGGUGAAAACCUUUAUUGAUGCAAUAUAUUGUUUCAAAUUUUCAAUUGCAAAUGAUGAUACUACACUUAACUGGGAGUCGGAAAACUACAACGGGCGAGGCAUGGUCAGGGGUGAUAACCCAAAAAAAGGGUUAGGGGUCGGGUUAGGGUUGGGUUUAGGCUAACCCAAACCCUAACCCAACCCCUAACACUAACCCAAACCCUAACCCUCUAACCCCCCCUUGCGCAAAACCAUACCAUGCCUCGCCCGUUGUAGUUUUCCGCCUCCCACACUUAACUACAAAAUAACAGGUUUCAUUGUCAAAAUAAAAUAAUUUAUCAAAUUCCCAAGUUCAAUAUUCAAGUUAAGAUCUGUUAGUUUAUGGGGUUAUUCAGUUAGUUAUCACUCAAUUUCAUGUAUAAUGGAGGGAAGUUUUACAUUUUAUUGCAAAUUAAACUAUUGAAAAGUCAA